AUGCAAGGAGUCGGCAAAAGAUUCAAUGAAUAUAAUAAUAAUCAAGGCCGUGAGACUAAGAGGCAACAUGUGCAAGAAAAAUAUCCAAAUAAGAUAAUACUGCCGGUAUUCGAAUCCUCUGGCUUACUAGAGCUUGAGUCCCAUGGUAAGGAAGGAAUUCAGUUGAAGCAUGUAGAACCACGGGAUGCAAUUGCUCCGAUUGAUUUUUAUGAAAAGUAUUCGAUCCCCGUAAGGAAGCGAACCCGUUUCCUUGCUAUGUUGUACAAGGAUGACAAGAAUGAUGCCCUGGGCCAAUAUGAGCUGCUCGAACGGAGUAGCUAUCUAAUAGGACGUAGUAAGGACGAAACCCCAGGAGGGGAUUCGCCAAAGAGCGAUCCUGAAGAUUCUUCCGAAGAAAAGCAAGUAGUUCUGGCUGACAUCCCAGUGCCCGAGGAGACAUGUUCGAAACAGCAUUGUGUAAUACAAUUUAGAAAUGUUGCGGAUAAACUGAUUCCCUACGUGAUCGAUCUCGAUUCAGCUAACGGUACUGUAUUAAAUGAUGUGGCUCUUCCGCAUGCUAGAUAUGUGGAAUUAAAAUCAGGAGACAUAUUGAGAUUUUCUGAACAUGAAGAGGAUUCCAUGUUCUCAAUAGUAUUUGUAGCUGCAUGA